AUGGGAUGUAGUCUGAUUUCUAAGAAAAGGGUUUCUUCUUGGUUGAGAAUAAUGGAAUUUGAGAUGUACUGCUAUGUGUUUGCUCUCCAUCUUGGACCUUCUAAGCUGCACCUGAUUGACCCGGCGAAAUACAAGAGCAUCUCAUCUGGAUUUAGCGUUCUGCUAAAGGAGCAAGGAGCUAGGGGAUUUUUCAGGGGAUGGGUGCCUACCAUGCUUGGUUACAGUGCUCAGGGGGCUUGCAAGUUUGGGUUCUACAAGUUCUUUAAGAAGACCUACUCAGAUAUGGUUGGGCCUGAGAAUGCCGUGAAGUACAUGACCCUAUAA